CGAAUUUUAAAAUCGAUUUUAACAUUUCUAGACCGGGAAAUGAUGAAUAUUCAAAACAUUGUUUAUCGUCUAAUACGUUUGUUCAUUCCAAAUAAUUCUUAACAAUGGCCAAGUUCACAAUUCUCUCCAUCAUUAUCCCGUUGAUCUCAAUACACAAUUUCGCGAAAACCUCAGAGGUUGUCGCUGCAAAUUCAAGAAAACACAAAGGAGUCGAGAAAAACGAUAUAACUGCCUCUCUUAACGCCAGAAAAGUUUGCAUGAACGUUUGUAACCCUCCCUACUACAGGGAGGAAUACCCACCCACCCAGGGGGGUAUUUACAACCCUCCAGGAUGGGACCAGAACUAUAUACCGAGCGGUUACAACAUCCCGCUGGGCAAUUGGGAUCAGAAUUCUUAUCCCUCGUAUGAAAACGCUGACCAAGGUUUGAGCGAGAAUCAGUUUUAUCCUCAAGGAGAUUUCGGACAGUAUUUAGCAGGAUGUUACAGAAAUAUGUUUAGGAGAAAGUACAAACUUGAUCCAGGCCAGGCAAAGCCGACAAUUUACAAUUACAAAACGCCUUUAGACAAUAGAAAAAACCAGAAUUAUAGGAGGAAUAGGAAUUACAAUCAGGACUUCAUGAACUGUCAGCUUAUUUGCUAUCCAGUUAUGGUACCAAGUUACGUCCCAUCUACUACCUUGGCUCCCACUGAAGUGACCGAUGCAGAAUCGGAAGAAACUACCCAAGAGAAAAGCACAACAACUAAAAGACCAUCAGGGAAACAUGGGAGGAAAAUAAAAAGGCUAUAUGAACAUGAUGCUACAAAACUGUUGACUCAACUAUGAUAUAAAUGUUCGACAAUAAACAUUAUCGAUUUCCACGGAAAUUUCCAUUAUAUGAUUUGCCGGAAAAUCCAGUCAUAUUGUUACUUUUCAAUACGUUUUCUUCUUCCAUUGUCAAUUAUGUGAACCCCACACAAUAGACCCCACAGAAAUUCAAAUAAUGACACUAUUCUUGUUCACGAAGAUCUCCUAUCAGUUAUAUAAUAGAAAUUACA